AUGGGUGUCUCCACGCUUCAGGAGCUCCAUGACAUCAUCAUCGACACCAUCAAGAACAUCACACGAGGCGACUGGAAAGUCCUGGUACUCGACGAAGACUCCAAGAAGGUUAUAGACAAUGUCGUCAAAGAAGAUGACAUUCUCAACAAUAACAUCGCCAACAUCGAGCGCAUCGAACAAAAGCGAGAUAUGAACCCGGAGAUGGAUGCCAUCUACAUCUUGUCGCCCAAAGAAAACAUUGCCGAGAUCCUGGUGAACGACAUCGAGAGACGAAGAUACAAGCAGUCGUUUUUGGUAUGGACCGGCGUUCUGGAACCUCGAGUCCGACACUUGAUCGAUGGCUGCCCGGGCGCCAAACAAAGCAUCGCUGGCUUCGAGACCCUGUCGAUUGAUUUCUUCCCCCGCGAGUCGCACCUCGUCACCUUCAGAGACCCUUGGAGUUUCCCGAUUUUGUUCCACCCCGGCUGCAACAACCUCGUUGCACGUCACAUGAAGAUACUAGCCCAAAAGAUCACUGGGAUUUGCGUUACGUUGGGCGAGUACCCAAAGGUUCGCUACUACAGACCUAAAGCCCCGCUGCACGAGGCCGCCGUGCUUUGCUCUCACCUAGCCCGAUUCGUCCAAGAAGAAUUGGACGAAUAUGCGCAAUGGAACCAGAAUUUCCCGCCGCAAACAUCGAGACCGACAGGAACGCUCAUUAUUACCGACAGAUCGAUGGACUUGAUGGCGCCUCUGGUGCACGAGUUCACCUACCAAGCAAUGGCACAUGAUCUACUAAAUAUCAAGGAAGGCGACAAGAUCACAUAUCACAUGGUUACAAACGAAGGAACUGAAGGGGCUGGGGGAAAGGACAUGGAAUUGUCUGAUAAAGACUCCGUUUGGGUCGACAACCGACACCGCCACAUGAAGGACACCAUCGACAAGCUCAUGGGUGAUUUCAAAAAGUUCCUGGACGCGAACCCCCACUUUGUGAACGAGGAGCAGGACACGACGAGCUUGAACGCCAUUAGGGACAUGUUGGCUGGGUUGCCGCAAUUCCAAGAGAUGAAGGAGGCCUACUCACUUCAUCUGAACAUGGCGCAAGAAGCCAUGAACAUUUUCCAGCACCACAAGCUGCCAGAUAUUGCGUCCGUCGAACAAAGUCUUGCAACAGGCUUGGACGAGGAUUUUAAGAAGCCGAAGAACGUCCUGGAUCAAGUCGUAAGGCUGCUCGACGACGAGGCCGUCACACCCAGCGAUCGGUUGCGCCUCAUUAUGAUGUACGUGAUGUACCGAGACGGAGUUAUUAUGGAGGAUAUCAAUCGACUGUUGGCGCACUCAGGGCUGCCUCAGAGGGACGGCGAGGUGGUGGUCAACCUCGAAAUGCUCGGCGCCCGCCCUGUGCACGGUCUGAAAGACACCCGACCGCCGCCGCCGCCUCUAUUCCCGAAGAACACGAAGCCCGCCGACGUGAGCGAGGAGUACUCACUAUCCCGGUUCGAAACAGCCAUGCAGACGAUGCUAGAAGAGCUUUGCAGAGGCACCCUAGACCAGACCACGUUCCCGUACGUGAAGCCGCCGUUGGACCCCAACGAGGAUCUCUUGGCCUCGCAGCAGGGUUCUCUCCGCGCAGGCAGGCCGAACUGGGCCUCGUCGGGACGUCGGCCACCUGAAAACAGACAGCGCUUCCUCGUCUUCAUGGCCGGCGGUGCGACGUUCAGCGAGAGCCGAGCGUGCUACGAAGUCUCGGCCCGCCAGAGCAAGGACAUCUUCCUGGCGACAAGCCACAUGCUCACACCGCAACUCUUCGUCCGCCAGGUCGGCGACCUCACCAAGGACAAGCGCGGCUUGGAUAUCCCCAUGGAACGCCCGACGCCCCGCGCUCCCGCAUGGGUCUACGAGCGUCCAGCACCCCCGCCGAACCCCAUGGCUAACCGCCCUGGAGGUGGGAUGGCACCGCCGCAACAACCAGGCUUGCCGGGCGGUCGCAGGCCACCUCCGGCCGGCGGUCUUCCGUCGCGUCCCGUCGCGCCGCCGACGGCCCAGAUGAGCCAGAUGAACCUCGGCGCGCCCUCACCCGUGUCGAACGGGGCGUCGCCCGCCCCGUCAGACGGGGGCAAGCCACACAAGGGAGAGAAGGAGAAGAAGAAGCGCAACUUUUUGGGUAUGAAGAAGAGCCACAAGGAUAAGGGCUAA